AAUUUUCUUUUAUAAAGAAAUAGCGUAUGGAGUUAACUUUGGUGGAUAAAUUAGACGUUAAAUUCGCGUCCUAUAUAAUAUGUUAAGGGCUUAUAGGCGAGAAAAUAACAAUAUUACAUUCUAAAGUGUGAAAUGACUUAAGUUGACGAAAAAUUAGAUAAAAUAGCUUUGAAUAUAAUAGUAGGGAAGAAAUUUGUAAUUUUUAAUAAAUUUAGAUACUUAUUUUACUGAAAAAAUAAUUCAUGAGCCUAAUUUUUACUAAAAUAAUAAUUCAAAAACUAAAUCGACAUUUUACGGAAAACAAAAAAUGUAACUUCGGCUCCUGAACUUAGAGUCCGUUAACAUCGCUCGGUACUUGAAUUUGGCAACAUGAGGAACAUUGGUCCUUCACUCCAGCUUGUGAGAAUUUUCGUCAGCACGUGAGCCCGUGAACAUCAUGGGCCUUGGCUUAACGGCCCAGUUUCAUUUCCAAAUUCCAGAGCGACCUUCCCAGUGGUCCAAUGUAAACUCAAAUGUGGUGGAAUAUUUUUUAUAUGUAAAGUUGAAUUGAAUUAGAGCGACAGAAUAUUGUUCAAGUGAGAAGGAAAGCCAAACCUCUGUGGCGGGGGGCGGUGGGGUCCUUCGUGUCUACCAGCGAGAAUGGAGGUGGAUUGGACCCAACUACCACCAGAACUCGCCGAAUCAAUCUCCAAAAAGCUCACAAUCUACGCCGACUACCUCCGAUUCCGGGUGGUGUGUCACAGCUGGCGAGCCUCCGUCCCCAAAACCCCGCACCACCUCCCUCCCCAGCUCCCUUGGCUGAUGCUCCCCCAAUCCCAGCCCAACCAAUCCCACCGCGCCUUCUUCAACAUCUCUAACAGCAGAGUCCACUUCCUCCACCUUCCAGAAGCUUCUCACCGUAAGCGCCGCUGCGGCUCCUCCCACGGAUGGCUCGUCAUCCUCGACGAGACCCCUUCCGUCCUCCUCGUUAACCCCCUCACGCGCGCCAAGCGCCACCUCCCUCCGCUCUCCACCUUCCCCAACGUUGUUCGAUUUGAUUACGCCGAUGUUGGCCGAGAAUACGCCCUCGUAUCCCCGUCCGGUGACGUCUACACGCGCAGCCUGACCCAGAUGCGCGAUUCGUUUCUGAAAAAGGUGGUCCUUUCUUCGAGUCCUCUGGAAGCCAGGGGCUUCACUUUCACCGCCGUAGCGAUUGUCAAUCAAACCGGCGACUUGGCGUUUUGCAGGGACGGAGACCAGACCUGGACUUUUAUCGACGGCGCACAGUCGUAUUCCGAGGAUGUCGUAUCUGUCAACGGUUUGUUUUACGCCGUCGACAAGAAGGGCACCGUGGCGGAGUGCGAUGUUAAUGGUCCGUCUCCGCCUAGGGUCAGGUUAAUCCGAACGCCGAGACUAGAGGAUGCGGACAUGCGAUAUUUGGUUAGUUCAGGGGAUGAUUUGUUGUUGGUGAGUCGGUAUUUGCAGAUUGAUUAUGGUUUUCUGGUGUACAAUGCAAAUGUAAAUUACAGGACAGCGAAAUUUGAUGUUUUUAGGAUGAAUUGGUUGGGGGAGAGGUGGGACAAGGUUGAGAACUUGGGUGAUAGGAUGGUGUUUAUCGGUGAAAACUCAUCGUUUUCAUUGUCGGCGUCUGAUUUUCCGGGAAGCCUUGGAAACUGCGUUUAUUUCACAGACGAUUAUUCGGAAUCAAACAAUGAGAGCGGAGUCUGGGGAUAUGAUUCGGGCAUUUUCAAAUUGUGGGAUGGAACAAUUCAAGAGUUGCCCCCUUAUCCAAGGAAUUCGAAUUAUGAGGUGCAUUGGCCUGCCGGUUCUCUACCUCUUUGGGUAACUCCAAAUCCAUGCUGAUGCAGUGAAGGCAGGAUCAUCAAUUCAAUUGAAUGGUAAGUAAUCGCAAUUAUCCGGUGUUAAUUGUAAUGUUAAACGAUGGUUUGUAUAUAAUUAUUUCUAUGUUUUCUGUUUCGUGCAUUUGUUUAUACAUUCUAUGUAAUAAUUGACACUCUACUCUGCAGUAAUCCAUUAUAUAUCAAUGUUUAAUAACACAGAUACUGCCCUUUUGUAUCAA